CGUGGAGUAGCUGUCACUGCCAGCCUGCUGGUCUGUAGGGGUCUCAUCCCCCCACCACUGUCACAGCGAGGGCUGGGCAUGCUGCUGUGCCGAACAGACCGCCCUUGAUCAAACAGGACAAAGGUUUUGUUCUUCUCUUCACACUGCAGCCUUGUCCGUCUGCGCGCUGGCAGCAGCGGCUGUCAGCAGACAGCGCAGCGCUCCCACACCACCGCUCAGAGGUGGAGUUUCUCCUCCUUUGUCUCCUCCCGGAGCGAGCUCUUCAUGACAGAAACCUUCCCAGGCAGCAUCCGGAGCGUGGACAGCAGCUUCACCUGGGGACAGAGAGGACAGUAGCAUCGGGGACAAGGACACCUGCUCCCCGCCUAUCCCAGGGCACGUGCUGCAGACCAUGGGAAAUGGCAUGAGCAAGAUCCUCCCUGGCCUUUACUUGGGAAACUUCAUUGAUGCCAAAGACCUGGAGCAGCUAAGCCGGAACAAGAUCACCCACAUUGUGUCAAUCCACGAAUCUCCCCAGCCUCUGUUGCAGGACAUCACCUACCUCCGUAUUCCCCUGCCAGACACACCUGAGGCCAGCAUCAAGAAGCAUUUCAAGGAAUGCAUCAGUUUUAUCCACCAGUGUCGCCUGCAAGGAGGAAACUGCCUCGUCCACUGCCUGGCUGGGAUCUCCCGCAGCACCACCAUCGUCGUCGCCUACGUCAUGGCUGUCACAGAGAUGAGCUCUCAGGAGGUGCUGGAGGCCAUCAGAAGCGUGCGACCCGUUGCCAACCCCAACCCUGGCUUCAAGCAGCAGCUGGAGGAGUUCAGCGGCAGUGCAGCCCGCAAGAUGCGCAGGCACCUGAAGCAGAGGUAUGGGACGUCCCCUUUCAACGACGAGGAAGAAAUCAAGGCCCUGCUACCAGCGGGGAGAGGAAGAGCAUCCCAAGCAGAGGGAGCUCGGCAAGGACUGGUCCCAAGGGCCAGGGACAUCAAGAGCACUGCUCCCUUCCUGCUGCGGGUGAAGAGGACGUUCUCCUGCAUCCCAGCUUGUCUGAAGUGAUCCCAGCCCGGAUCACCUCAUGGCCUGGUAAAGACUAAGGAGCUGCAGCAGCAGAGAAGUGCCGCAUCGCAGAGCCACAACGAGCCCAGCUCCUUCUCCUCUCUGGGUUCAAGCGUGCCAUCUUCUGUCCUGGCUUUCAGCUAUUGGGGGAGGGAUUCAUUCACACUGCUGAGCUCUGCAGGGUCAGUCCAUUGGUGCCUGGUGUGGGGGACGUCUGGCAGAAGCACAGAUCGCGGUUCCCAGUUCACCGUGGCAGUGACACACGGGGCUUCCCAGCACCCAGGUGAUGCUGACAGCAGCUUUAGCACUUCAACACCAGCUGCAUGGGCCUCAGGGGCACACAAGGUGCAGGAGAUCUCGCUGACUCCUCGGAGCAGUUUUCCCACCAGCAGCAGCAAGCUUCCAGAACCAAGGUGGCUGCAGUGCAGGGGCACACAGGAGAAGCUAAUCAUGCUGUGCUGGUGCUCCAGGCCAGCCAAGCACAAGCCUCAAGCAAACACUGCAGCUUUCAGUGUUCAUUGCACCGCAUUCCCACCGAUCCCAGGGCACAAUCUUUAAAUGGUGGGAAAUAAAUGUUUAACCUCGCCAGACCUCACUAAAGCAGAGCCUUAAGCCAUUUUGCUUAAAUAC